CGCGCUGGGCACGGUGCUUCCCCCGCGGAGCCGACCGGUCAGCCCGCGCUCCGGCUGAGUCCUUGGUGCUCGCCCGCCGGCGGAACAGACCGCCCGCCUCUGGCCGCUCUCUGGACCCUGGCCGCCCCGAGCGGAGAUUGGAGCAAAAUGAUGCUUCAACAUCCGGGACAGGUCUCUGCCUCAGAAGUCAGCGCAUCUGCCAUCGUCCCCUGCCUCUCACCUCCUGGGUCACUGGUAUUUGAGGAUUUUGCUAACCUGACACCCUUUGUCAAGGAAGAGCUGAGGUUCGCCAUCCAGAACAAGCACCUCUGCCACCGGAUGUCUUCUGCGCUGGAGUCAGUGACUAUUAACAACAGACCCCUGGAGAUGUCAGUCACAAAAGCAGAGGUGGCCCCUGAAGAAGAUGAAAGGAAAAGGAGGCGGCGGGAAAGAAAUAAGAUUGCAGCUGCCAAGUGUCGAAACAAGAAGAAAGAGAAGACGGAAUGCCUGCAGAAAGAGUCAGAGAAACUGGAGAGUGUGAACGCCGAGCUGAAGGCCCAAAUAGAGGAGCUGAAAAACGAGAAACAGCACUUGAUAUACAUGCUCAACCUGCACCGGCCCACGUGUAUCGUGCGGGCUCAGAAUGGGCGGACUCCGGAAGAUGAGAGGAACCUCUUUAUCCAGCAGAUAAAAGAAGGAACAUUGCAGAGCUAAGGGGCAGGGGCAUAGGGGCAACUGGGGAGUCCUUAUUGAAUCCUCUUUUCCACCCCAAACCCUGAAGCCAUUGGAAAGCUGGCUUCCCGUGUACUUCUAGAAUCUCAGCAGCCGAGAGCCGUUGGGGCAGGAGGGCCUGUGGCAACCACUGGGUUGUCCUACUCUGCCCUGGAGUGAACUGUGGCACAGGGCAAGAGCACUAGCUCCAGGAUUUAGGCCUUACCAUCCUGGCCAUUCUCUGAUGAUCUAGCUGGCCCCUGGCUGGGAUCCCAUGCAAAGCAGGAUACCCACUAAUGGGAUUCAUGCAGAAGUGUCCACCUUGGUAUGUGGGGUGGGACCAUGGCCUCUGCCGUAGCUGACAUCAUCCCUCCCAGGGAAUAUGGAGCAAGAACACUCAUUAUUGAGGCUGUCCAAUGGCCAGGGUGUGCUUCUAGAAAAUUCGCUGUUACGUCCCAGAAUGACUGUGCACAGGGCACUCAAUUCAGAGCCAGGUGUUGUGCUCUCUGGAUGAUUGUCUGAUUUUCCCAGGAGUUUCAUCAGAACUGAUUUCUGAGAGUUUGGGAGUCCCUCAGAAGCAUUUGGGUGGCCAUGUGAGCUUGCCUGCCCCCAGGAGUGAUGCCUCCUUUCCCUGUGCCCACUGCUGAGGAAGAACCUGGGCACCACAGCAGGUCAUUGGCUGCAAACUGUUGCAAUGUCACAGAAAGAAGGCACAAAGGAAGUCCAACUUCCAAAGUGUAGGACUCUCCUUCCCAGGCAGUGACAGGACAGGUGUGAUUUCUAAGCUAGAAGGGCCAGAGAUACUUCAUUUUCCUUUCAUCACAGCCAGAAACCACAGCCUGUGGAGAAGUGUGUUUGAAGCCCUGUGCAGGGCUAGGCUUCUGCACUGUGGGAUGUUAAUGGCAUUGUUUUGUUAUUGAGAUGGCCCAGAGCAUUUCAACUGGGAGGCACCUCCCUCUGACUACCAGGACUCUGGCUACUGUUAAAAUUCUGAUGUUUCUGUGAAAUCCUCAGAGUGUUUAAUCUUACUCAAUAGUAUCAUUACAAUUUUCUGUGAGAGAAAAUAUUAAUUAUUUAUCCCAGUAUUCCUAGACUGUCAACAUAAUAAAUAUCAGAAUAAGACAUGGUAAACUUAA